GAGAGCCCCUGUUGGUUGGCAUGGAUCUUACCAUCGCGAGUUUCGAUGCAAUCUCGGAAGUAAACAUGGUGAGUACGAGUAUGGUAUACCUACACGAUCAAACUGAAAAAUAAAAUUUUUCAAAAUUUUUGACAAAUUAAUGUAACCUCGAUACAAGAUUAUUUCAUUUUGCUUAUUGUUAGCGAAUGAUCUUUUCCUCGCAUUACAUGAUUAUUUCAAAUUGAAUAAUUGCUUUCGAGUAUCUUUCCAAAUCAGUGCAGGUUCUUUGGAAUUCCGCAAUCUAAAAUUUUAUGCAUUUUCAUAUUUUUAUGAAUAUAAUUAAAGAAAUGAAACCUGAAUAGAAAUUUGUUUUCUUGUACUGUAUAUCAUUAUAAAUCAUUCUGCUUUGAAUAUUCCUUACGCUCAUUGUGCGUAUUUUCAGUUUCCCAUAAAUCAUACAAACUCAUGGCAAACUUUUUAUCAAGUUUCUCAAUUUUUCAUGUAACAACGCCAUUCUAACCAGCAGGAAAUUUCACAAUUAUAACAUUGAGUUACGCUCAAUUUAGUGGCACGAAUUAUAAGAAAAUUCGAUUUGAAAGAAAAAGUCCUGUGAAACAUGAAUUUGAUAUUUCUUAAUUCUUAAAUCUUCAGACUGAAGAUUAAUAAAUAUAAAUUAUAUACAAUAUGCUCAAUGCUUUGCGUUAUUAUAAUAACAAAAAGAUUGAUAAGAGUUUAAGGGGAGGAAUUAUAGCUUUUGAUUAAAUAUAGUUCUUCUACAAUCUGAUAGAUACAUUUACAAUAAUCGUGUAUUGUGAUACAACGAAUAUUAUUAAAAUAAUAUUAAUGUUUACAGGAUUAUACCAUAACAAUGUAUCUGAAUCAGUAUUGGAAGGACGAAAGACUGGCGUUUUCUCAAGAAGAGGAGGUUCUCACACUCAGUGGAGAUUUCGCGGAAAAGAUUUGGGUCCCCGACACGUUUUUCGCCAACGACAAGAACAGGUACAAUUUUUCGAAACUUGUAUUUUUCCGCGGGAGAAGAGAAUUCUUACUGAACUAAAAGCCAGAAGGAAAUUUACGUUAAAUAAUCAAAAAUUCUAAUAGCUUUCCAAAUAAUUUUACAAUUAAAUCAUUUUGUAAUAAUUGUAAUAUGAUACAAUUGCGAUGAUAUAUAAUAUCAAUUACAAUAUAUAAUAAUAUUUAUAAUUGUAAUUUAUAAAUUCAUAUAUUAAAAUAAUUACUUAUAUAUUAAUUAUCCUUUUUUAUAUGCUUUAAAAGUAAUAAUUUAUCAAAUUUAAUUCGAUUUUUAUGUAACCAUGUAACAUAAAUAUAUAUUAUAUAUAAUCUUAUAAUAUUUUCUUAUAAUAUUAUAUAUAAUCUUAUAAUAUAGGACAUAUAAUCAUUUUGUAAAA